AUGCCACGCUGCUCAGCCUGGAUGACGGUGUAUUUUGGGCGGACGGAUGCGGUGGUUUCGUAUUUCGAUUCGCUCGGGGACGCGUUCAAGUGUCCGCCCUACUUCAACCCGGCAGAACACAUCCAGCGCCUCGCGUUUGCUUUCCACGGCGGCGAGGGCGGUGGGAAGAGCGAUGAGCUCAUGAUUCGAUUUGAGGAGAGCCAGCACAACACCGACCUCAUUGCAAACGCAAAGCGCCUGGACGCGGCGGCGACGAGGAGAGAAUCGCGCAUCACAGCAAUGGCGAGUGCGAGUGUGCCGCAGCAGUUCUGGUGGCUCUGUUGGCGCAACGCCCGUCUCUUCUACAGAAACAAGCUCAAGACCAAGGUGAAGCUGAUGAUCAACAUUGUGCUGGGCGUGAUCCUGGGCGUCAUCUACUUUGACGUACCCAACUCGUACACGGGCAUCUCCGACCGCAACUUCUUCAUGCUCCAGCUCGCCGUCGUCGUCGGCGUGCGGCAGUCCAUGGAGACGCUCUCGUUCUUUCUCCGCGAAAAAGUUGUUUACCUUCGCCAGGUUGAACAAGGCCUGUACGGCGUGUUCCCGUAUCUCACGUCGCGCUUCAUUGUCGAGCUUCCGCAGAUGGUCUUCUUCCCGCUCGUCUUCUGCUCCAUCGCCCUCCCUCUCGUCGACCUCAACUACGGCGGUGGAAACUUCUUCAUCUUCUGGGCGGCGCUGGUCUUCCUCAUCCUCAACGCCUACUCUUUCGGAUUGGCCAUUGGCACCAUCAUCACAGAUGCACAAAUCCUCAGCGUCGUUGCGCCAAUGGUUGUCUUCCCAUUCCUCAUCUUUUCCGGACUGACGGCGGUGAACAUUCCGCCCGCGAUCAAUUGGCUGCAGAACAUCAUCUACCUCAGGUACGGGAUGCUGGCCAUCUUGCAGACGGAAUACGAAGGGCAGGAGUUUUAUCAAGGGUGCACGCGCGAGCAGUACAGGAACGGAUCCGAUGUGUGCACCAUCGUCUCGGGGGAUCAGGUGUUGGAGGAGUUUGACAUGAAGUUCAUCACUGUUGGCGAAGCGUUUGCCAUUAUGGCGGGCCUCUUUGUUGUUGCGUUUGGCAUUGCCAUCUUCUGCCUCACUCGCCUCUCAAGCAAGCGCCAGGGUUAGCCGCAUCACGUGUGUAUGUGUGUGUGUGUG